AACUAUGGCUCCGGAGGAGGCCAAUAAAAUUGCGAAAAUAUGCCUUGAAAAAUUCGAUAGCCUCCCGAAAACGGGAAAACCUAAGAUAGACUUCGAGUGGACUAUUUUGUCCGCUAUGGUACAGCUGGAAAGAAAAAACAGUGAGGUGAAAAUGGAAGUCGUUGCACUCGGGACCGGAACGAAAUGUUUGGGAUCGGAUCAAUUGAGCCCUAAAGGUGAUAUGCUUAACGAUAGCCACGCUGAAGUGUUAACUAGAAGGGCAUUCUUACGGUAUUUAUUGAAACAAAUGAAAAAAUCCUUGACCGAAGAAUGCAGUAUCUUCGAGUACAAUUCAUUGACAAGAUUAUUCAGAUUGAAGAAGGAUGUUUCCUUCGAUUUUUUCACUACUCACAGCCCCUGUGGGGAUGCAAGUAUUUUUAAAGAGUCUGAUGUUGAUCAUGAACCUUUAACUAAAAAAAUGAAAUUUUGUGAAACACAUUCCUGCGAGUCUGAAACCGGUUCAAAGGCUGCAGAUGGUAUGACAGGAGGUAAACUAGUCGCAUCGGAUGGGGACGAUCUAAUGUCACAGGAGGUUGGAUUGAUCAGGACAAAGCCGGGGAAAGGUUUUCGAACAUUGUCGCUCUCCUGUAGCGAUAAGAUGGCGCGCUGGAAUAUACUUGGAGUGCAAGGAUCCCUGCUUAUGAUGCUGCUAGAGGAACCGAUCUACUUGAAAGCGAUCGUCAUUUGUGAUGGUACCAUCUACAGCAAAGAGGCCAUUGAACGAGCACUGUGGAAGCGUUGGGAUGAAGAUACAUUGCAAGGCAUUCUGAAACCACCGUUCAGAUUGAAUCGGCCUCUGGUUGUUGCAGCUUCGAACCAAAAGUUUUUUCCGCUCCGGAAGAAUAGAGCCGUGGAGUCGGGGAAAAAAUUUCAGCCUGCUCCCGGUGGUCUUGCUUGGUGCCAAGGGGUAGAAAGGGAGUUGGAGGUGGAAAACGGUGGUCGACGACAGGGCACUGUUAAGAAGAACUUCGGUACCCCGGCAGCCCGACUCAAGAUCUCGAAAAUUGAAUUAUUCUCAGCAUUCGUUGCCAUGCGAAACGAGCUCCGGACAGCAGCUGCGGUUGGUGGGACAAGUUUCUCUGACACAAGGAUAAAUUUAUCGCCGUCUGGCGUGGAGCAGGAUGUGGCUGAUUUCAACGGAUUACGCUAUGCUGACGCGAAGGGACACUCUCGAGCAUACCGGGCGCAGUGGAAUACGUUGCGAGCUCAAGUUUUUCGGGUGUGGAGUGAGAAACCAGCCAGCUUGGAGCAGUUCACCAUUGAUUCUUAAGGUUGCAAAAUUAAGGGGAGAGUUGAUACAAGCACUGUGCUGCAUGUCACCUCUGGUUUGUAUUUUGACUGCGAUUAGAGUAUCGAUGAUAGCCUAAAUGUGGUUUUGAAUUUGCGAUGAUUCAUGGAUAGAGCUAGUUUGUAAGUGUGUGCUCAAAUUUACAUUUAGGGUCAACUUGUUGAAGAUUAACAACGUAA